CUAAUCGAACAUUCAUUAGUGAAAUCUUCACACCGGAACUCGCCAGAGACAAUGGACAAUCAUCAAGAUCUCAAAUCGAUGUACGUAAAGCUUGUAGAGAGCCUCAAGUGUGCUAUCUGCCAAGGAAUACUUAAAGACGCCAGGGAUCUAGAAUGUGGCCAUACAUUUUGCAACGCAUGCCUAGGAGAGCAUGUAGCUUUAGAAGGUUGGACAUCUAACAUCCAAUGCUCUGUCUGCAAGGAGAAGACACCUAUCCCUUCAGACGGUGUAAACGCUCUGAAACAGAACUACAGACUCAACUGUAUCCUGGAAGAACAGGCGUCCAUCUUUAAGAAAAUGAAAGCUCCGGACGUCCCCGUUGCUUCAACACCGGCAACACUGCAGAUCUUUGUGCGGGACCUCGAAGGCAAGGCGCAGUCCUUUCUAGUUCGUAAGUUGGACACGGUUGGCGCCCUCAAGCGACAGGUCGAGAAAAAAAUUGGAAUUCCACCCGAUGUUCAGCGUUUGUUUUUCCAGAGCAAACGGCUAGAAGGCUCGACCACUUUGGAAGAGUGUGGCAUAGAGCUACAUUCCUUCAUCGAGCUUGCCCUUCCUCUUAAAGGGGGAAAGUGAUCCUAUGAGCAAUGCAUAGGUCACUGGAUAGUCUAACGUAAAUCAUUAGGUAGACCUGAUUUUUUUUCUCAAUAUAAAAACUGUGAAUUUUCCUAUACCCACCAAUUUUUUUUUCUGUUAUACGCUGUCCCAUAAUAUUCCCCGUUAAAAAUCUGGAUCAAACUGGCGAAUAGCUGAAACUGUUAUAGCUGAGCCAGGGGCGGAUCAGAGGGGAAGGGCUGAGGGGGCCUUGUUAUAUUUCCCGACCAUUUUUUUUUCAUUUGCUUGUCAAUAUCAUUAUUUUUGUUAUUAUACCUUUUCUUCGGGGGGGGGGGACAAAUUGCCUCUGAGGUGGCUACCUUGGAACUUUUUUUCUCGGCAGAAAUUUUGUGUUAACCACUGCACACCUCCAGCCUUCAUUCCCUCUCCCCAUCCCGAUACCAGCCAAGUCUGCUUCCACCCUGGUCAGGAGUCUUUUUGGUCUCAAUACCAAGUCUUGUUAAUCAUGUUAAUGUCCGACUUGGAGGGGAAGGGGGGGGGGGUAUUCAGACAUGAUCAAGGAUGUUUCAGACUUGAGGGGACCUUUGAUGAUAUCGAGCAUGGUUGGUAGCAGACCCUACCCCAACCAACUAUACAGUGCAUCCCAUUAAAAAAGGAAACCCGUUUCAAGAGAUAGAUUUCACAAUUAUUAAAUGGGUUUUUACUGUAAAUUUGAUACUUUUUGCAAGAGUAGAAUCUCGAUCUUUUCUCAUUUUGAAACCAACAGUUAGCAAAAAUCGUUCACGCCUGGCAGAUUGCAAACAAUAAAACUUGAGGCAUAUCAGAAGCAAGUUGCACAAAAACUUAUAAUCUGAAUCCACUCUCAUUUCAGGGAUCAGUGAGAGAAGCUUGAAAAAAAGAGAAUAUAAAAGAGAUGCUAGUGAGCUAAUCGUCGACAUGGUCGAGUAUGCACAGUCGUAUCACGAAC